UUGUCAAUCUUCAACACUUAGAAAAUUUGUGGAAAAUUUAUCCUAACUUCACCCACCAUUUUUUCCAUUUCUCUUCUCUCACUCACUAGAAUUGUUUGUUAAUAAUAUUCAAGCACAAAUCAGUUGUUAUCCCUCUCUGUCUCUAUCUCUAUCUCCAUCUCUCUCUCUCUUUCUCUGCAGAAAAAGACCAAUUUCCCAGAAUCGAUACUAAAAGGAGGAAAAAAGAAACCAUGAUGAAGACAAGGUUGAUGAUCAAAUUAAUGGUGAUCAUGCUAUUACCAGCUGCAUUAUACGCAGAGCCAAGAUCUCAGAAAAUAAAGCAAAUCUGUGGAACCCAACUUGAGCACAACACCACUCUCUUUGUGCCGAAUUUUGUGGCCGUUAUGGAGAACAUAAGCACACAAAUCCGGCUUUCAGGCUUCGGCGUGGCGGAGGUGGGCUCGGGGCCCGACAAGAACUACGGCCUGGCUCAAUGCUACGGAGACCUUUCUCCCGUCGACUGCGUGCUGUGCUAUGCCGAAGCCCGGACAGUCCUGCCGCAGUGCUAUCCCGUUAACGGAGGGAGGAUCUACCUGGACGGCUGCUUCAUGCGGGCCGAGAACUACAGCUUCUUUGGGGAGCACACGGGCCCAACUGAUCAGGCUGUGUGUGGGAACAUAACCCGGCCCCAACCAGCCUUCCAUGAAUCAGUCAGACAGGCGUUGUCGCAGGCAGUUUCAGCUGCACCGAGCAACAACGGCUAUGCACGGGCCCAGGUGGCCGUGGCCCAGACGAGAAACCAGUCGGCCUACGUCCUGGCUGACUGCUGGAGAACGAUCAGCCCUAGCGCUUGCCGGGAGUGCCUGGUGAAUGCGUCUGCAGCCAUAUCAGGCUGCUUGCCUGCUUCCGAGGGCCGGGCCCUCAACACAGGGUGUUUCAUGAGGUAUUCAGACGUCAAUUUCCUCAAUCCUGUACCUAGAAAUGGAAGCUCAAGAGGCAGAACUAUCGGCAUUGUGAUAGCAGCUAUCAGUGCAGCAGCCGUCCUAAUAAUGGCGGCCGUCAUCGGAUUUUACAUACGGAAGAACAGAACCAUCCAAAAGAAGAGAAAAGGCGACGUGGAGAAAUUAGUGAAGACCCUCCACGACCAAAGCCUAAACUUCAAACAUUCCACACUAGAGAAAGCUACUGAUUCUUUCAAUGAAGCAAACAAACUCGGACAAGGUGGUUUUGGGACAGUGUAUAAGGGAGUUUUGCCAGAUGGGAGAGAGAUAGCUGUCAAGAGGCUCUUCUUCAACAACAAACACAGAGCAGCAGAUUUCUAUAAUGAAGUAAACAUGAUCAGUAGCGUCGAACACAAGAAUCUUGUAAGGUUGUUGGGGUGCAGCUGCUCAGGACCAGAAAGCCUUCUUGUCUAUGAGUUCUUGCCUAACAAAAGCCUCGACCGGUUCAUCUUUGAUUCAAGCAAUGGUAAAGCACUCAACUGGGAGAAGAGACUUGAGAUAAUUAUAGGAACAGCAGAGGGGUUAGUGUACCUUCAUGAAAACACGAAAACGAGAAUCAUUCACAGAGACAUCAAAGCGAGCAACAUACUCUUGGAUUCCAGGUUGCGCGCUAAAAUUGCAGAUUUCGGGCUGGCUAGGUCCUUCCAAGAAGAUAAAAGUCACAUCAGCACAGCCAUAGCAGGAACACUAGGAUAUAUGGCCCCGGAAUACCUAGCUCACGGCCAGUUGACAGAAAAAGUAGAUGUUUACAGCUAUGGGGUGCUUCUGUUAGAAAUCAUCACAGGCAGGCAGAAUAACAGAAGCAAAACCACAGAGUAUACAGACAGCUUGGUGACAAUUGCAUGGAACCAUUUCCAGCGAAGAACAGUGGAGGAGCUCUUCGACCCCAACCUAAUGCUGCAUAAUUACAGCACCAUCAACAUUAAGAACGAGAUUCUAAGGGCGGUUCAUGUGGGACUCUUGUGCACACAAGAAAUCCCUUUGCUACGGCCAACCAUGUCUAAGGCGCUACUGAUGCUAGUGGGCAAGGAGCACCUGCCAGCACCAACCAAUCCCCCAUUCAUGGAUGAUAAGACAAUGGAAUUUAACAAUAUCAGCUUGGACACGUUGCCAAUCCUUAAUAAUGGCGAUGCGGCCUCAGUUGCCAACCUUUCCCAGAGUCUUUUCCUUCCUAGGUGACCUAGAAGCUGAGUAUUCUAAGGGGAAACUUUGUGAUGUAUUGCUUUGAUGGGUUUUAGAGUCGAACUGCCUAGAGAGAGAUUUUAGUGUAAAUUAAAUCAUCCAUGUUACAUAUACUCGCAUAUAAAUUUUGACAUUUUCGUUCAACAA